GAAACAGGCACGGACUGUUGGUCCCAAGCAGCACAACAGACCAGGAGCUGCAGCACAUCCGCAAUAGCCUGCCAGAUUCCGUACGAAUCCAACGAGUGGAGGAGCGUCUCUCAGCAUUGGGCAAUGUCACCACCUGCAAUGACUAUGUAGCUCUUGUUCACCCAGACCUUGACAGGGAGACGGAGGAGAUCUUGGCAGAUGUACUGAAGGUUGAGGUUUUUAGACAAACGGUAGCAGAUCAGGUGCUGGUAGGAAGUUACUGUGUUUUCAGUAACCAAGGAGGAAUUGUGCAUCCGAAAACUUCAAUUGAUGAUCAGGAUGAGCUGUCUUCAUUGCUCCAGGUCCCACUCGUGGCUGGAACAGUGAAUCGUGGCAGCGAGGUCAUUGCAGCAGGGAUGGUUGUCAAUGACUGGUGUGCCUUCUGUGGGCUGGAUACAACCAGCACCGAGCUCUCCGUCAUUGAGAGUAUCUUCAGGCUGAAUGAAGCUCAGCCAAGUACCAUUGCUACCAACAUGAGAGAUUCCUUGAUUGACAGCUUGACAUGAGCAAUGUCAGUUCCAACUUCCCAGAAAGCUCCUAAGGAGUGAAGUGUCGAGCUCCACUUUGGAUUAC